CCCCUCCUCUCCUUUCUGAGUUCGCCAGCUGGGCGUGAGGGUAGGAAUCCUGUUCGCUGUGCCGGUCCAUCCGUGCUUUUUCGGUGUACCGGCCUAUCCGUGCAUUUUCGGUGUACCGGUCCAUCCGUGCUGUUCGCUACUGAACGGCAAAGGGGCAGAGAGGCUACACUCUUCACACUCUGGGUCCCUCCUGCUCCUCCUCUCUCCUUUUUUGCAUCGCUUCUGUUGCCUUCUAGCUGCUCGAUUUCCCUAGCACGCCCCAUCCGAUCCCGAACGCAGCGCGCGUAGCCUUAGAGCUAGUGCACAUGCUCUCGUGGCUCUUUGGCCGCAGGACCCCCAAGGGCGGCGGCAAGGGCUUCGACGACAAAGGGCCGCACUGGAAACGUUUGGAGGAGCUCGAGGAACGCGAGCGCCAGCGCGCGGCGCGGGAGCAGCAGGCGGACCAGCAGACGCGCGAGAAGGACCUUGUCCGGAAAGUAAAGGAGGAGGCCAAGUCAGAACUCCUGGCAGAGCUCGGGAAAGCGCAGGGCGACCCGUGGGCACUUGCAGCGCACUCAGCAGCCUCCGCUGCAGCCAAGGGAGGUGCCGGUGCGGAUCCGGGGACCCCUCGCAGGCGCGCCCGGGACAAGCGACCGCCGCCCGACAGCCCCGGCGACGCCGACGCCGGCAACGGGCCAUUGGCCAGGCGCCCGCGCCACCUCAUCAUCGAUGCCUCCGAGCACACCAUUCUCUUCAAAGAGGGGGGUUUGUCCGGCAAACUUCCCAGGGGUCACUACAGCGCCCCCAAGCUCGCGGACGCCAUCAUCGGCCGGACGGAGUUCAAACCUGCAAAAUGGACCAAGCUUGCCCACAAUAUUCUCGACGAUGUCCCAGCGGACAACCGCGAGAUGGUGGUCGAGAUCCUCCGCGCUGUUGCCAAGUGAGAAGAAGAUGAUACGGUGACAGUGAAUCUACGGAGAGCCUCCGCUACAGCGUGGGGCCGUGGCUACAUGUUCACAUCCUUCCCGUUGUCAUGUGUUGCCGCAGUGUGCAGCUAUAUUCCUACUGUGACGUUAUUGCUGCUAUUCCUGUUGCUUGGCUUGUCUGCAGGGGCACUGGGUUGGUUCACGCUUGCCCAACAGGCUGACCCUCGCUGCCAGGAAUUGGAACAGUUGCAUCUCGCUCAGGAAGAGCUCAAUCAGACAUGGUUCAACAGAACUGCCCUGGCAAUGCGUCGCCGCUGGGCAGUAGUUGGCGGCGGCGGGCACGCGGUGGGACCACGCAGUCCGGGUGUUCGAUGCCGCGCACCUCCUGCUGACAGAGGGCAGCUACCUCAUCGCCGUCCCACCGUCCUAUCCCACAUGGGCAGAUGGGCAAAUUUUGCACGCGGCGGUCUCCGCACAGUCAGCCGGUGGAUCUUCUAGACAUCUCCCACAUCUGAGCACCUGAGUUCCGCUCCCUCCCUCUCCCUCGCAUGCGUUUGCGACACUUGCCAUUCUGGAUUGAACAGCUGGCAGCGUGGAUUUCUCGCAAGGAGGCGACCGCAGGGCACAAAUUCAUUUGACUCCCACUCUGUUCGGAUCCGUCUGCAGGGGCACUUUCUUUAAACGGGCGCCCCCUUUACCUCAAGUCCCCUGCUUUCCUUCUCCUCCCUCCCCCCCUCUUGUAGAAACUUCGCAACCCGGAUCCGGGCCAAGAGGUACCCCGGAGUUUCGGCAGUGGCGCAAAUAUUAAGUGGACAGCUUGGCUUUGUUUUUGCUCAAUACCCCAAGGCUUCGUUGUUCAGUUUGCCUAAUGCCCUUGGGGCCGGCGUCGUUCAGAGUUCGCAGUUUUUUUUUUCAGCGCAGGCCACUUGUGCUUGUCGAUGCUCGCCAUUCGUGCUCGAGUGUGCCACUUGCCCGGCAUGCGUAUGCUGCCCCACCCCCGCGUACACCAUCGCAGCUUAGGGGCGAAAUGGAUGAGUGAAGCGUGAGACGCUGCCUGACGAGGGCGUGGACAAAAACACAUCCAUCGUGCGCAUUUGUGUGAGUCUAUCGACAUACUAUUCGUUUGUUAUGUUGUACAGAUUCAUACUUUUUGGGGACGGAGUGGCGUGCUUUGAUAACAUAACACCAAUCGUUUGUCCAGCUGAGCUCUGUUCAGU